GCCCAGAUCCAUCCACCCAUCAACCCAUCUCCAUCCAUCACAAGCACUCUGCUUGCCCUUGCCUCCAACAGUGGAACACCUCUUGCUCUUCAGCACCAUCUAGUGCUUCACUUUUCUUUGGAUGCUUGCGAUUAGCAGAGUGCUUAGGAAGAAACACGGCUGAUUAAUUACAAAGUAGUCAAAAAAGGUUGAGGUGGAGGAGGAGGAGAUUUUCGAAUUUGCGAAUCUUUUCCUGAGCUCCAGCAAGGCUACAAAUCCCGCGUUUGUCCUGUUGCGCGCGCCGCCGCUGGAUAUCGAGAGAGGAGGGGGCCAUAGGAAGGAGAUAAGAAUAGGCAGAAAGGUGGAGAAGAAGCGAAGGGGGAGAAAAGGGGAAUAGAAAGGCGAGGCCUUUUACUGAUUGCUUCCCGCACAGCUUUCCUCCCCUCGCUCAAAAAUCUCCCUGGAUUCUCUGGAAAGUUCUUGCUUUUCGAGAGGCGGGAGCGAGGGACCAGCGGCCCGAGCUUCUGAAUUCUCUGGAGGAGGAGUGGGCGUUCCCGUGACGUUGCUGAUUCAAUGGGGGAGACGAACCAGCCGCCGCCGCCGCCGGUGGCCGCGCCGCCGCCCAUGAUGCCGAUGCAGCCCAUGAUGGCACCGGCCGUCGGCACCGGCGCCAUCCACCCGCCCCAUGAGCAGUUCCACCAUCUCGCCUACUGCGUCCACUCCAAUCCGUCUUGGGUUCAGGUGGCAGCACUUGCAUUCCUUCACUAUCUUGUGAUGUUGGGCUCUACCGUUAUGCUCGCAUCAACUAUUGUUCCUGCAAUGGGUGGUAACGCUGGGGAUAAGGCUCGAGUUAUUCAAUCGUUCCUCUUUAUGAGUGGCAUCAAUACGCUGCUGCAAACACUUGUUGGAACGAGACUUCCAACAAUUAUGAAUGCUUCCUUUGCAUUUGUUGUCCCAGUGCUAUCAAUAGCCAGAGAGAUGGAUCCAAAUGACUUUACAAAUAAUCACCUGAGAUUUGUCCACACAAUGAGAACAACACAAGGAGCUCUGAUUGUUGCUUCCAUCCUCAACAUGAUUCUUGGGUUCAGCACAGUAUGGGGGGCAUAUGCCAAGAAAUUCAGUCCUGUAAUAAUGACCCCUGUUGUUUGUGUCGUUGGUCUUGGACUAUUUGAACUUGGUUUUCCCCAGGUGGGUAAAUGUGUGGAGAUUGGGCUGCCAAUGCUAAUUCUUGCGGUGAUUGUGCAGCAGUAUGUGCCACAUUACUUCAGUCAUAUCCAUGAGCGGAUCACCUUCUUGUUUGAGAGGUAUUCUUUGCUUCUUUGUAUUGGCAUUGUGUGGGCCUUUGCAGCUAUCCUUACUGCUGCGGGUGCCUACAACCAUGUUUCACUUAAGACGCAGCUGCACUGCCGCACUGAUAAGUCUUUCCUGAUGUCAUCUGCACCAUGGAUUAAAAUUCCAUACCCUUUCCAAUGGGGUACGCCAAUCUUCACCGCUGGUCAUUCAUUUGGGAUGAUGGGUGCUGUACUUGUUGCAGCCUUUGAGUCAACUGGAGCACACUUUGCAACUGCACGUCUAGCAGGUGCUACACCACCUCCAGGUCAUGUCCUUAGUCGAAGUGUUGGCUUGCAGGGUAUUGGGAUGUUCCUGGAGGGGAUCUUUGGUGCUCCAGCAGGUUCAUCCGUAUCAGUGGGAAACAUUGGUCUCCUUGGGCUGACGAAAGUUGGAAGUAGGAGAGUGAUCCAGAUAUCAACUGGAUUUAUGAUAUUUUUCUCCAUAUUUGGGAAGUUUGGGGCCUUCUUUGCAUCAAUUCCACUGCCAAUCUUUGCAGCAAUUUACUGCAUCUUGUUUGGCAUCGUAGCUGCUGUGGGAGUCUCAUUCAUGCAGUUUGCCAACAAGAACUCGAUGAGGAACAUCUACAUCAUUGGACUCUCGUUGUUCCUUGGCAUCUCAGUCCCUCAGUACUUCAAUGAAUAUACUUCUUCUGCUGGCCGUGGACCUGCCCGAACAAAUGCUGGAUGGUUCAACGAUAUUUUAAACACCGUGUUUGCUUCUGGCCCAACGGUGGCGCUGAUUGUUGCAUCUGUUCUGGACAACACAUUGGAGGCUAGGGGCUUCGACGGCGACCGGGGUCUCCCAUGGUUCAUGCCAUUCCUGCGCCGACACAAAGGUUACUCGGACCCAAGAAAUGAGGAGUUCUACAGUUUCCCAAUCAGGGUUCACGACUUAAUCCCGAGCCGAUUCCUCUGACUUUCUCAUGAGCGCUGCUGCGCAUGUAAAUCUCUUUGUUCUUGGUAGUCUUACUCCUGUGACCUGUAGCGUGAUUGGUUCUCUACAUUCUAGUGGGAUAUGGGUACAAGAAUGUUUAGGACAUUUGCUUUAUUUACCCCCUUCUGGGCUAAGAAAUGGUUACAUGACAAUGUAGAGCGGUAUGCCCUGGCGUAUGGUUUUGGGAAGGAUUACAGAAAAAUAGCACCUUACUUGUUGAUGACUUCCAGUAAAAUGCAUUGGUUUAUUUUUACUCAA